ACCUUUGAGCGAGCCGCCUGCCUCUCCACUGCCAAGGAAGCCCUCGGACCUACAGAUUCGGGCUGCCGGAGGGCCUGAGCGCCAGAGCCCAGGACCCGGCGGCCGGGGGCGCCAGCCCCUCAUGUUCCGGAGAAGGCGCAAAUGUGAUGUCAUGCCCAUUGUUUUGGUGCGCCCAACCAAUCGGACUCGCCUCCUGGAUUCUACCGGAGCCGGCAUGGGCCCUUCCUCGCACCAGCAGCUGGAGUCCCCGCUCCCGACCAUAACGCAUUGCGCAGGGUGCACCACCGCUUGGUCUCCCUGCAGCUUUAACAGCCCUGACAUGGAAACCCCAUUGCAGUUCCAGCGCGGCUUCUUCCCAGAGCAGCCGCCGCCGCCGCCGCGCUCCUCACACCUGCAUUGCCAGCAGCAGCAACAGAGCCAGGACAAGCCGUGCCCGCCCUUCGCGCCCCUCCCGCACCCUCACCACCACCCGCACCUCGCGCACCAGCAGCCGGCUAGCGGCGGCAGCAGCCCAUGCCUCCGGUGCAACAGCUGCGCCUCCUCCGGUGCCCCGGCGGCGGGGGCGGGGGAUAACCUGUCCCUGCUGCUCCGCACCUCCUCGCCCGGCGCCGCCUUCCGGACCCGCACCUCCUCGCCGCUGUCGGGCUCGUCGUGCUGCUGCUGCUGCUGCUCGUCGCGCCGGGGCAGCCAGCUCAAUGUGAGCGAGCUGACGCCGUCCAGCCAUGCCAGUGCGCUUCGGCAGCAGUACGCGCAGCAGUCUGCGUCCGCUUCCCAGUACCACCAGUGCCACAGCCUGCAGCCCGCCGCCAGCCCCACGGGCAGCCUCGGUAGCCUGGGCUCCGGGCCCCCGCUCUCGCACCACCACCACCACCCGCACCCGGCGCACCACCAGCCCCAGGCGCGCCGCGAGAGCAACCCCUUCACCGAAAUAGCCAUGAGCAGCUGCAGGUACAACGGGGGCGUCAUGCGGCCGCUCAGCAACUUGAGCGCGUCCCGCCGGAACCUGCACGAGAUGGACUCAGAGGCGCAGCCCCUGCAGCCCCCCGCGUCUGUCGGAGGAGGUGGCGGCGCGUCCUCCCCGUCUGCAGCUGCUGCCGCCGCCGCCGCUGCCGCUGCUUCGUCCUCAGCUCCCGAAAUCGUGGUGUCUAAGCCCGAGCACAACAACUCCAACAACCUGGCGCUCUAUGGAACCGGCGGCGGAGGCAGCACUGGAGGAGGCGGCGGCGGUGGCGGGAGCGGGCACGGCAGCAGCAGUGGCACCAAGUCCAGCAAAAAGAAAAACCAGAACAUCGGCUACAAGCUGGGCCACCGGCGCGCCCUGUUCGAAAAGCGCAAGCGGCUCAGCGACUACGCGCUCAUCUUCGGCAUGUUCGGCAUCGUGGUCAUGGUCAUCGAGACCGAGCUGUCCUGGGGCGCCUACGACAAGGCGUCGCUGUAUUCCUUAGCUCUGAAAUGCCUUAUCAGUCUCUCCACGAUCAUCCUGCUCGGUCUGAUCAUCGUGUACCACGCCAGGGAAAUACAGUUGUUCAUGGUGGACAAUGGAGCAGAUGACUGGAGAAUAGCCAUGACUUAUGAGCGUAUUUUCUUCAUCUGCUUGGAAAUACUGGUGUGUGCUAUUCAUCCCAUACCUGGGAAUUAUACAUUCACAUGGACGGCCCGGCUUGCCUUCUCCUAUGCCCCAUCCACAACCACCGCUGAUGUGGAUAUUAUUUUAUCUAUACCAAUGUUCUUAAGACUCUAUCUGAUUGCCAGAGUCAUGCUUUUACAUAGCAAACUUUUCACUGAUGCCUCCUCUAGAAGCAUUGGAGCACUUAAUAAGAUAAACUUCAAUACACGUUUUGUUAUGAAGACUUUAAUGACUAUAUGCCCAGGAACUGUACUGUUGGUUUUUAGUAUCUCAUUAUGGAUAAUUGCCGCAUGGACUGUCCGAGCUUGUGAAAGGGAAAACAGGUACCAUGAUCAACAGGAUGUUACUAGCAACUUCCUUGGAGCGAUGUGGUUGAUAUCAAUAACUUUUCUCUCCAUUGGUUAUGGUGACAUGGUACCUAAUACAUACUGUGGAAAAGGAGUCUGCUUACUUACUGGAAUUAUGGGUGCUGGUUGCACAGCCCUGGUGGUAGCUGUAGUGGCAAGGAAGCUAGAACUUACCAAAGCAGAAAAACAUGUGCACAAUUUCAUGAUGGAUACUCAGCUGACUAAAAGAGUAAAAAAUGCAGCUGCCAAUGUACUCAGGGAAACAUGGCUAAUUUACAAAAAUACAAAGCUAGUGAAAAAGAUAGAUCAUGCAAAAGUAAGAAAACAUCAACGAAAAUUCCUGCAAGCUAUUCAUCAAUUAAGAAGUGUAAAAAUGGAGCAGAGGAAACUGAAUGACCAAGCAAACACCUUGGUGGACUUGGCAAAGACCCAGAACAUCAUGUAUGAUAUGAUUUCUGACUUAAACGAAAGGAGUGAAGACUUCGAGAAGAGGAUUGUUACCCUGGAAACAAAAUUAGAGACUUUGAUUGGUAGCAUCCACGCCCUCCCUGGGCUCAUAAGCCAGACCAUCAGGCAGCAGCAGAGAGAUUUCAUUGAGGCUCAGAUGGAGAGCUACGACAAGCAUGUCACUUACAAUGCUGAGCGGUCCCGGUCCUCGUCCAGGAGGCGGCGGUCCUCUUCCACAGCGCCACCAACUUCAUCAGAGAGUAGCUAGAAGAGAAUAAGUUAACCACAAAAUAAGACUUUUUGCCAUCAUAUGGUCAAUAUUUUAGCUUUUAUUGUAAAGCCCCUAUGGUUCUAAUCAGCGUUAUCCGGGUUCUGAUGUCAGAAUCCUGGGAACCUGAACACUAAGUUUUAGGCCAAAAUGAGUGAAAACUCUUUUUUUUUUUUCUUUCAGAUGCACAGGGAAUGCACCUAUUAUUGCUAUAUAGAUUGUUCCUCCUGUAAUUUCACUAACUUUUUAUUCAUGCACUUCAAACAAACUUUACUACUACAUUAUAUGAUAUAUAAUAAAAAAAGUUAAUUUCUGCACAUA